AUGGCAACUCGCCCCACCGUAUCUAUCGCUUCGGCGGAGGGCGACAGGUUGAAGGAGACAAUCCCUCUACCUGCUGUCUUCAGGUCUCCAAUCCGCCCCGACAUUGUCCAGACAGUUCACUCAGGGAUGGCGAAAAACAAGCGACAGCCAUAUGCUGUGAGCGAAAAGGCUGGUCAUCAGACAUCGGCGGAGUCGUGGGGAACAGGUCGUGCGGUUGCUCGAAUCCCUCGUGUAUCUGGUGGUGGUACCCACCGAGCUGGCCAAGCCGCGUUUGGGAACAUGUGCCGCUCUGGUCGUAUGUUUGCACCCACCAAGGUUUGGAGAAAGUGGCAUCAGAAGAUCAACCUUGGUCAAAAGCGAUUCGCGGUUACUUCUGCCCUUGCCGCAUCCUCAGUCCCCUCUCUCCUCCUCGCUCGUGGUCAUCAAAUUUCAACAGUGCCGGAAGUGCCCCUUGUGGUUUCAUCAAAAGCAUUCGAAGGCGCGGCAAUUGCAAAGACAUCUGCAGCCCUCAAGAUUCUUGCUGCCGUUGGCGCUGGUCCGGACUUGAGCAGGGUCCGUGGGUCUCGCAAACUUCGAGCCGGAAAAGGGAAAUUGCGAGGGCGCCGACACCGUCAACGCCGAGGUCCUUUGAUCGUCUACAACCCUGAUGAGGACGGUACUGAGCUCAUCAAGGCGUUUCGCAACAUUCCUGGUAUUGAAACGUCUUCCGUCUACUCCCUCAAUCUACUUCAACUAGCUCCCGGCGGACACCUGGGUCGCUUUAUUAUCUGGACUUCUUCGGCCUUUGCUGCACUCGAUACCGUGUACGGCUCCACAACCGCCCCGUCGGAUCUGAAGAAAGAUUUCCUCUUACCAUCAUCUAUCGUACACAAUGCAGAUAUCAGCCGGCUCAUUAAUUCAUCCGAAGUGCAAGCUGUUGUCCGUCCAGCCAAAGGAGAGGCAAGAACAAAGCGAUAUCGUGUGCAGAAGAAGAAUCCAUUGAAGAACAGACAAGUGCUCUUGAAGCUGAACCCGUAUGCGAAGGCUUUUAGGGAUCAGCACUUGGGCCAGGAAAAGGUGAAGAAUAAGAAGCCAGAGGCGCCAAGCGCCACAUUUACUGCUACGCUACGUGAGGACUAG